UCGGUGUUUGGGUUUCCGAUGGAAAAAUCAAAUAUUUCUGAGGCACGCGGAAACGUUCAGUGGAAAUGGGCAUUUAGCCAAAACACACGAAUUGUCCCUCCAAAAAACAUGGAUGGAAAAUUCCCCACCAGCCCUACUUUCUAAGUCCGUUUCUGAGCUGUUGGACACGAAACAACAAGACGAGCGUUGAGAGCUGACGGCUGUGGGUGGCCGUCUCACUGGGUCCGGUUUUAUUACCAUUUAUUCCUAUCAUGCAGACUAAAGCCGUGGGAAACAAGUGGUGAUCCCAGACACAUUGGCUCUGUAUGGUGCUCCAAGCUGGGUUCUACUACCUAUCUGAGGUAGGAUCCCCACAGAUUUUCAGUAAAGUUGGGCACCUACCUCCAUUAGAGGCCUCUGGAAGAGCAGCCUAGAGCACAGUUGUGUUGGGGGAGAAAGUACAAUAUAUUCAAGCCAUUCCUCUAAGCCCACACAGUAAGGAGGGGGAUGGGACUUCAAUCGAGAUGACAUUUCCUGGUAUGGGGGGUGUUGGCCAUUUUAGUUCACACAUGAGCUGCCAUUAUACAGUACAACCCUGCUCACCUCCUCCGGUGACAGCCAUGGAUGGGGAAAUAGUCUACGCUGAUUUAAACAUCGCUGGAGAUCCUUCCUCCAGAGGCAAAGUGGCUCCAUCUCAGCAUCACGGUCACCCGAGGUGCCCACGCUGGCAUCGGCUGGCUCUGGGCCUCACAUUGGCUGGGAACGUCGUGCUGCUGGGAGUUGUGACGGCGCUGGCUGUUUGGGGUUCUCUGAACCCAUCACUGACCGGAGCCAUCCCCAAAAUGAUGGAGAACAAAACCUCAGCUCAGCCCAGUCCUAAAGGAAGAGGAUCCAGCGACUUGGAGAAGUUCCGCUCUCACCUGUGGCACCAUUUGUGUUAUACACAAAACAACAAGUCAGCAGAGGGUUCCAGCUGCAAACUCUGCCCCAAGGACUGGCUGCUGCAUGGGGACAAGUGUUACUGGGUUUCCAAAGGGAUUAAAGGCUGGGAGUGGAGCCGUGAGGACUGUUUAAUGAAGAGAGCACAACUGCUGGUGAUUGAUGACUGGAAGGAGAUGGCCUUCGUACGAAAUAAUACACAAAACCAACAUCAGGUGUGGAUUGGACUUAACAUCACAUCUCCAGGCAGGACGUGGACCUGGCAGGACGGAUCCCCGUUAAAUCAAACACAGUUCCCAGUUUUCGAUCCUGCUAAAGAGAACAACUGUGCCUCUGUGAAGAAGAACAAGAUCCAUUCUGAAAUCUGCCAAACUGAGUUGAAAUGGAUUUGCUCAAAAGCAGCUGUCCUGGUUUAAGGAGAUGGAUUUGUGAGCUCUGUUUGCACAGGUGGAAUGUAAAAAGCUCUGUGUGUUUCGUCUUUAUUUCAGUUAUUAAAAACGAUGGU